UGUGUAGAUUGGAUGCGGAGGUUUAUUUUUGUAGAUUGGGACUGUAUUUGUUCGCCGCUUUCAUAAUGAGAGCGGGAGAGCUGUUUGUAAAUAAAAUAGCGAUGACCCCGACAAAUUAAUGGUUGGAAGUUGACUUCUGUCCUGUUCGCUCUUCAGCCGCCACCAAAUGAUGUUAAUGCGAAACAGUUAGCAAACCAGAAUGCGAGGUCUCGGGUCUCGGGUAGCUUCUGUGGCGUUUGAGGGGCGAGAGUGGGCGGAGAGUGUGCGUGUGAGAGCUGGUUCCAGGUGAUGGUGUAUGAGUGGCGUAAUCCGCGUGUCGUGUAGCAGCUCGCGUUUAGUUUAGCGUCGAGCGGUGACCGGUGCGGUUGAGUGCGUGAGGGAGCGUGUUCAGACGUGCGUGGUGUCAAACUAGACGCGUAGUGAAUCGGUUCCCUGUCAGUGGCUUCUUCGUCUCAACCAGCUUCCGUUUUUUGUUUAGAUGGCUGUACAAAAUGUUUUCUCCAAUGUUAGCCGAAAAGUAGCCCAUUAUACUCUGUUGGAGUUGACAUUGAUCGUCUAAUUUUGUGGUUUUAGUGUGCUGGCCAGGCAAGAUUUUGAAUGAGGUGAAACAAGAUACUUCCGAGCUGGUGAAAUAUCGCUACAACUACAAAGCUGCUGUCUUACAAAUUAGUUUCAAACUCAUAUUCUAUCAAUCAAAUAAUUGACACACUUUAUCAAGAUUUGGAUGAAUUGGAAUGAAUUGAGUACCUAAUAAAUAACAAUUGUUUUGUUAUCUAGUUGUGUAUUCCAUUUACUGUUAAAUCUAUCUACGUGUUUGGCCUUUUCCUGUGAACGAUUCCAAAUCAGUGAUUCUACAGCAACUUGAAUGAGAGAUCCAUCUGCAUGUGGUAGCCAGUCACUGUACUCACAACGAACAUCACAAUAACCUGGAUAAAUUCACGAACUCAGUGUAGUGUGCGUGUGUGUUCAGUCUACGAGUAUUUGAAUCCUAAAACAAAAUGGAGGCACCGCAGCCGGAAAAGCUGCAGCUACUCAUGAACUGGAGUGAAGCAGAUGACAUUAUUGCCCGUUCCAAUAUUUCGUUGUACUAUUUCAACGGCUCAGCGCUGGACAACUAUGAAGAAGGUGCGCCUUUUUACAUGCUUUUGACAAUGUGCAUUCUUUACGCAGUGAUUCUGUUGUGUGGAGUGGUGGGUAAUGUGAGCACGUGUAUUGUGAUAGCCCGCAACAAGCACAUGCACACCGCCACCAACUACUACCUCUUCAGCCUGGCUGUCUCCGACAUGAUUCUGCUGCUGGCCGGAUUGCCUCAGGAGAUCAUGCACACACUUUUCAAAUACCCGUACACGUUUGGUGAGACGGCCUGCGUGAUGACAGGUCUGGCGUCGGAGACGUCGGCCAACGCUACGGUGUUGACCAUCACGGCCUUCACGGUCGAGCGCUACGUGGCCAUCUGCCACCCUUUCCUCUCGCACACCUUCAGCAAGCUGUCCAGAGCCAUCAAAUUCGUCUUCAUCAUCUGGUUGUUCGCGCUCAUUCUCGCCAUACCGCAGGCAAUCCAGUUUGGCAUAGUGGAAGUGGAGAUGAACUCGACCUUUGACGAACCAGUCCUCACCAAGACGAUGUGCACUCUGAAGAAAGACGCUUCAAUUGAGCCGACUUUUCUGCUCUCCACCUGUCUGUUCUUCAUAGCACCGAUGACUCUCAUCACUGUGCUCUACAUCCUCAUCGGCCUCAAGUUGAGAAGGUCUAGACUGCUAAAGAGGCCUUCCAUCACCGGAAAUCACAUUGCCGAGCGCCAGAACCAGAAGAGUCAGAACCAUGUCAUUCGCAUGUUGAUUGUGGUGGUGGUGGCCUUCUUUAUCUGCUGGGCACCCUUCCACGCUCAGCGACUGCUCGCUCUCUAUGCCAGCAGCCAGGGCACCAACUCUGAGACAGUGAUCGCCAUCUACAACAUACUCACUCACACCAGUGGCAUCCUCUACUAUCUCUCCACCACCAUCAAUCCACUGCUCUACAACAUCAUGUCACACAAGUUCCGAGAUGCUUUCAAGGGUACUUUGGCUCAGCUGUGCGGUUGGUCAGAGAAAGAGACAUUCGCCCAGAGAAAGUACAGCGUGCUUUCGCGUGGGCCCACUCUGCUGAACCACUCGCGUGUUGGACACCAAUCGUCAAUCUCCUGGGGCAACCAGGACAUCAUGCUGCAACUGCACAAGGACACGUCUCGACAGAGCAUCACUGUGCCUCAGCAGGUGACAAACAUCAGCAACAAGGAGACCUCCCCGCUGCACCAGGCGUCACCGGCCAGCGCAGUAGUCCCCAAGCGGCUGCAACUCUUCCAUCUGAAACCAUCGCAGAUGAGCAUAGAAAGUCACACGAUCAGCAACUCCAGCUUGCAAGACUACGACGAGCCUGAGUUCACCGGAUCCGAGCUCGCUCACUACAUGGGCGAGUUGAACCGGCGGUGACAAUCAGCCAAGAAUGGGAGGCGGAAGCCUUCCAGAGGGACAGAGCUGCCUGUCUGCCCAGAAUGAUCUGGUCAGGAAUACACAUUCUGGACAGAGCUGGCUUUAUGUUCAGAAUGAUCUGGUCAGGAAUACACAAUCUGGACAGAGAUGGAUUUAUGUCCAGAAUGAUCUGGUCAGGAGUACACAUUCUGGACAGAGCUGGCUGUCUGUCCAGAAUGAUCUGGUCAGGAAUACACAUUCUGGACAGAGCUGGCUUUAUGUCCAGAAUGAUCUGGUCAGGAAUACACACUCUGGACAGAUCUGGCUGUCUGUAAAGAAUGAUCUGGUCAGGAAUACACAUUCUCUUAAACUGUGAUACUCGUGAUAAGACUGCAACUCUAGUUUAUUCGGAAACCGAUAAUGUACUGCGUAGUUGAACGAUCAAGUUAUUUAUCAAAUUAUCACCUCUAUCUGAUAUCACUACAGCAUAAAUAGAACUGGAGUGGUGAAGUAUCUACAUGAACAGAACUUCUAGUGUGUAGGAGUUUUAUUCUGUAUUGACAUUCCAUUCAACUGAAAUAAUGAGAACAAUAAUGAUCUUUACAGGACACAAAAAUCAUAUGUAUUAUUGAUAAAGAAUUGUCAAAUUAUUGUAACACCCAAUAACAAUCUGUAAAAAUGAUUCAUUUGAUAAAACAAUAAGUAAGUUGGUUUAAUUUGAUUUGAUACAUUCCCAGUUCAUUGUUGCUUUAAGGCUGUGCAACAGAUGCUGAAAAAAUUGUUUACUUGUGAUGUGACUUACAGUUGAGUUAUUUCUGGUUAUGUUUUGUAAAUGGAAUAACUUUCUCAAGAAUUGUUUUUUCAGAAUUUUUUGUUUUAUUCAAUAAUACCAUGAAGAAUGUAUCCUCAAAUUUUCAAGAAUUUAUCUCUUACCGGAUUUGAAAUGAUUUGUCCCAAAACUUUUUACUCAAGGCGUUAAUAUCUAAAUGAACGUGAACUUUUUCCUGAGAUUUUUUAUUUUGAUAGCUUGAUAGUAUACAAAUCAAAAAACUUUGAAAAAUAUAAUCAGUAAAUUUUUUUAGCCUGUUGCACAGUCCUUAAGCAACUAUGCACCCUAUAUCUCCUCCCACAUCUUUUCUUUCUUAUUUCUCUUUACCUCUUUCUCAUUACCUCUUUUUGACCAAUUCUAAAAUUUGAAUAUUCACAAGUAAUGUAAUUAAGUAUCUUACCACGAUAAUUAUAAUAAAUCAAUACACAGCUUUGUAAGUGGGUUUGAUGGUUUCAUAGAAUACACAUUUUGUAAUAGAAUGAGUAGAGAGCAGGGAAAUACGUAGAAGGUUCAAGAGAAGGAUCUCAAAAAAAUCAAUACUUAAAAGUGAUUAAAAAUGUUCAAUAACAAACCAUGUACGAUAGAAAACAAAACAAUAUUGUGUUCAGUGUUCCAAUUGAAUAUUUAGCAUGUGAACACCUAUGAUAGUUUUUAUUCUCGUAUAAUUUUUGGUGCGAUGCAUUAUUAUUAUAGCUAUGUAUGAGAACUGUUUUCCUACUGUCAAGUCAAAGUUUUCUAUGUUGUACCUUUCUGAAUCAGUUGUGAACAUAUCCACAUCAAUCUCGGAAACAGCUUCGAUGCUCACCAUUAUUCUCCAGUUUAUAGUUGUGAGAUAUCGAAGCAAGCUAAGUAUUAUAUUCUGUGUAAUUUUUUGAUGCCUUGUGCAAUUAAAAUAUAAUCAACACUCAUUUCUUUCAUUUUUAUAGUAUGAUUGAGAGAGGAGAUUUUAUCCACUGUAUAAGCAGGGUAAUAAUAAUAUGGGUACAAUAUGCAAAAAGCGUUCUUGAAUUGUCAAACACUGAAUGUAAUAGAUGGAUAAUAAUAAGUGUAAGAGGUAUUUCAUAUUAUGAAAUAGAAUUUAUAUUUUCGCAAAACAAUGACAAUGGCAGUAGUAGAUAAGUUAUUGAAUAUAGGUUGAAAUGUUGUAAAUAGUUUUUCAAUGUAUUGUAUUCAGUAAUAUUCAGAGAUAAUAGAAAAGUUUGUAUAUUGAGAAGUGAGAGAGGGGAGUCAGGGCUAUCUAUGCUUGAGAUACAAGUUGGCUACCUUAUCUCAUACUUGGUAUAUAAGUAGCUCAAGUAUUGUACAAUAUUUCAAGCCAGCCGUGGUCAGGCCUAUCUAUCUGAUAUUCAAAUGACCAAUUAUAAUAACCAUAAUCAUAUCAUCUCAACUUUCAAUACAAACUCUUUGAAUAGUUUGUGUUUUUCCAGCGAUGAUGAUUAGUGUUCUUGAUUGCUUAUAAAAUUGACAAUACUUCAGUUGACUAAUUAUGUGCAAUAUCUUGAGAGCUCUGAUUGAAUGAGCCUAUUUUUCAACUAUGCUAUUAAACUGAAUUUAUAAUCAUAAGUAUAUAUGAGUAUACUUAUAUAUUGAGUAUUAUAUUAUUGUAAUCAUGAAUACAGGGUUGAAAAAAUACAAGAUAUAUUUUGUAAGUACUGAAGGUAAAUAUUUUUGUACGAUACCUUCAUCAUGUAACUCUAGAGUACCUACUUGUAAUGGUACCGUACUUUAUUAAACACUCUUUUAGGCAUGUAGGUAAUAGCUGACAAUGGGAUACCUCACAUCGGGAACUCUAGUACAACAAACUUUCAAUAUUUUUGAGUACUAAGUAGGCAAAUUAGGCCUAAUCAUUUACACUCUUGAUAGGAACUAAAUUUUGUUUUUACAGCCGAAACCGUGUAGUAGGCUUCCAAAAUUUGCAAAGAUUUUACACUCAAAGUGGUUGACAGUAGGACUAAAAAGUACUAUAAGUGGUGGAGAAGUAAGAAGGCUACAAUAGUACAAUUCAAAAUCGCAAACCUGAGUUGUUAUCUACAAACGUUAUCACAUUGCACAAGAGCUACCCCAUACAAUGAUAAUAAUUCGAUAGCAACUUAUUCUAAUUCUAAGUAAUUUAUUACAGAUUACAGACAAUAUUAGCAUAGGUGGCUAUCAUUCUAUAUUGUGACUUUCAAUUUAUUGUACAUUUUAUUAUUUUCAUCUAUUAGGCUAUCAUCUGAAAACCUGGGAUUAAGGCAAGGAUUUCAAGUUACCACAUGGACUUGAAGUUUCCCCAAAUUGCAUGAUUCCAAAAGGGUACCAUUCUAGUUUCGAUAAUAAAUCAUCUUGAAAUUUUUAAAUAAUGUGACAAUGGAAAUGAUCAUGUUUAUUGUCUGUUUAGUAUCAUAAUAUCAAUUGAAAAAGUAUGAUUGUCUAUUAAGUAUCAAAAGUAUGAAGAAGUAUCAAUCAUUUGCUUCUCUGCAAGUACUGUAUAAUUGCGUAUUAUGUACCUAUAAUUGCUUGUUCCACAGACUGCGACCCUUACAGAGAGGUAAGUAAUUUUAUUAUUGUUACUAGCCUACUUGAAUUAGUAGGCUAUAGGUGUAUCCAUCGUUAUUCUUUUUCUAAAACAAGGCCAAACAAUGUAGCAACUAUAAACUGUUCAUAUCAACAGAAAAUAUAGGUAUUUUUAAGAAAACACUUACUAGUCCUUAUAGACUCUGUUCAUAUAUUUGAUUAAGUAGUCUAAAUUAUGAUGAAUAUGCAUUCGUGUAUUAUUUCAAGCGAAACAACUAGUCAAUAUUUCAUGAACAGAAUUUGUAGUGAAUACAGUAGCUCAGACCCAGGUAUUGUAUUGUUUACUGUUUUUAAUUCAUCCCUCUGGUUUAUUUGAUAAGUGCUAAUACAUUUUAGGCAUUCACAUUAAUUGUGUGUAACAGAUACAUUGAUUUGCCCUUUUUUAAUUAUAUUCUAAACUUAAUCAAUUUAAAUAUUUCUAGAGAUCAAAAAUUCAAAUGGUUCUCAUUUGUUAUUGAUACUUUAUUGUUUUGGGCAGCGGUACAAGUGUCAAGCAAGUAAUUAUUGUAUUCAAUGUAAAUUAUUGUGUACCAUUAUCGUAGGCUAUAAUAGAGAAUAUACUGAUUCAGAAAGAAAAA